AGCAAGUCAUCUUCCUACCGUCCACCCCAUCUCAAACAGACUACUCAAGCACCUCAGCAGUUCACACCUCACACAAAAAAAAUGCGUUUCUCCUUCUUCGCCAUCAUUGUUGCUUCGGCGACAUCUAUCAUGUCUGUCAGUGCAUGUGUAUCACAGAACCAGCUUUGUCAAACAACAGAAGACUGCUGUCCAGGCGACUACUUGGGAUGCACAACAAUUGUGAGUAGGAGUACUUUGCUUCGUAUCGAAUCUUCACCUGAUCACUCACCUUUUGCGCUUUGUAAUAUCAGUCGCCGGGUAUCAGAGUCUGCCAGUACUACCCGCCGAGUUCUUGACAUGGUAGCUGUGGGAACUAUAGGAGGACAUAAUUUUGCUUCUGCUAAAUAUGUAUAGGCUAUUAGAGCAGGAGUGAACUCAGCGAAUGGAGCAAACGCUAUGAUAUAGAGUAGUACCUUGAACAUGAGCGAAGUUCGAAC